CGAGGAAUUUUAGACUUCCGAUAUUUCCCAGAAAAAGGAGUCGGAUUCUUCCGUAAUCGCCCGUAGACUGACGAACUCCCCAAAUUCGACAUCCUAAAACCUUCUUAGGGAGUGUUGAAUACAUGCUGUAUAUAUGCAGUAAAAAACUUCAUUUUCCUGCUUCGAUUGCAGUGAAAAUACAUCAAACGUUCACAGAUGUGAUGCUUUAUACAACUAUGAUGUAAAAAUGGCUCCAACAGGUACCCAAUACAAGAAAAUACUCAAGGAAAUAGCCGAUAAUUUGACGUUCAGUGAUGUCGGUUCGUUGAAAUUUGUUUGUCGUGGCAAAAUCGGCGCUGCAGCGUUGGACAAAGUACCGAACAGAGAGCCUUUAAAGCUGUUCAAACUCCUGGAAGAAAGAUUGUUCAUUUCCCAGGAGGAUUUGACAUGUUUACGAUGUAUUUUGGAGCAAAUCCAACGCAUUGAUUUGGUGGGUAAGAUACCAGAUGAAUUUUGCAAACAGAGUUCAGUAGAUGUGGUCGACAGCGGGGAUAUGGAGAGCGCUGGUCCAGUGUCUGGCAGUGUGGUAGCUUCUGAUGUUGUCUCACCAUACAGAGUGUUGUUGAAGACAGUUGCAGACGAGUUGACAAGCGAUAGUAUCAGUGAAAUGAAGUUUUUGCUUGAUGUUCCAGGUUUGGAAUUUAAAUGUCUUUUAGAAUUAGCAAGUGUGACAGUGGAGCAGAUGGUGGAAAGAAAUUCUUUUCGGAUUUAUUUUAUUAUUUUGGUUAGGGUUGGGGUUAUAGUAGAGUAGGGGUAGGGUAUGGGUUAGUUACAUAGCCAUUUAACACCUCUUCUGAAAAUGACAUCACAUCAUUUUGGUUGAUGGAAACAUUAGUGCUGACCGGGUAGAUGGUGGUCAAAUUUUGACACUUAAUCAGAGGAAGAAUAUUAAACUACAUCUUUCCACCCACCUGCCAGCAAACACAAGACUACUACAUAUAAUGAAAAGAUUUGACAUUACUCCCUCACUUUGAGAACUGCAGAUUGACCACCGUAUGUCAUUGGUAGCGUCUGCCAUUGUUAUAAACUUGUGGUGUCUGCAAAGCUGGGGCCGGUUGUUCAAAGCCCGAUUAGCGCUAAUCCUGGGUUAAAUUUGACCUGCUGUUUUUGUUUAUGUACUUCUGCAUGAUCAUUUGUUUCAAAACUUUAGAAAAGAAAACCUCUAUUGAACCAGGAAGGAUUUCUGGAAAAACAUAUUCAACUUAAUUGAUGAGCUGUUGGAAAAUUCAAUUUGUAGAUUUGUGUUAACCCAGGGUUAGGCUAACCGGCCCCUGAACACAAAGUAUAACUAACAGUUCUUUACUCUAGAUGGCAUAGGAGAGAAACUGCAGGAUGGUCAAAGUCUUUUCACUCACCUUGAGGGCAUUGGGAAGCUAUCUGAAGACAACUUCACUGACUUGAAGGAUCUUUUAAAUGAUGUUCAUAGAAUGGAUUUAAUAAGAAAGAUAGAAGAAUUUUCCAUAAAUGAAGGUUUGAAAUUUAGAUUAUGUUGACUAUGCAACACUUUGCCUUCUUCAUGGUAAAAUAACCAUCAUUUUCAUCUUUACCACCAUCAUCAACACCAUCUUCAUCUCCACCAGUGUCAUCACCAUCAUCAUCAACACCAUCAUCAUCAUCAACACCAUCAUCACUACCAUUAUCACUACCAACAUCUCCAUCAUCAUCAUCAAUACCAUCAUCAACAUUAUUAUCACUACCACCAUCAUGAUCAUCACAACCACUAGUUAUCUUCAUCAUCAACACCAAACCAACUUUGGAAAUUAUAUAAUUUGUUUCAUUAAUAAUGUUUUCAUUUUUUCUACUUGUUACUUUUAAUGGGUCAUUCCAGAAAAGAUCCAUACCCCCCCUACGGAGGAAAUCGAAAAUAACCCCCUCCCCCCCUUCGGACAUCCUUGAAUGGUUCAUCCUCCCCCCUCUCCGGACAUCCAAGCCCAAAAUUACCCCCUCCCCUUCGGACAUCCACUAUUUCUAAAUUUUUCUAAAGGCUACCUCGCCAUUUGAAAACGUCAAAUUAGACUACGUUCACACUACGCACGAGCAAACUAAUGCGGGCAGAAUUUACGUGUGUUCAUACUACCGCCAUUACAGUUUGUUUACAAAUUAAAUUAGCACUCGUGUAAACCCAAAAUAUUUCAAAUAGACCCAAGAGGCUUAAGGGGCUUUGGUGGCCAAGUGGUUAGCGCACUUGCCUUUCACCCCUGAGGCUGCAGGUUCGAGUCUCACUAAGUACUUUCUCAGUGCGACUCGAACCCAGUCCCCAUGUGAAAAGAGUAAAAGUCAACACUCUGCCGAAAGCCGUGGGUUUUCCCCGGGUACUCCGGUUUCCUCCCACAGGGAAAUUUGACAGGGUGGGUUAGGUAAAGAGGGCCCACAGUAAUUGGCAUAUGCUGUUGUGGUGACCCUGCCCUAGUUGGCAAAGCUAAAUAAAAAAAAAUAAAUAAAACAAGAAAUUUAACUGAAAAGCAUUUGAGUUUACACGUUUGUGUUCACACGAAGCUAUCAAGUGCUCCACCGUUUUCACCUCGCUCCGUUUAGAAACUGUGCUCAAAUUGUUACGGCAAAAGUGAUGUGAAAGUUUUCAAACGAUUUCGCUCCAGCGUAGAGAGAAUUAGCGAUGGCUUAUUGUGACUUUUCUACGCUGUUUUCAAAUAGCUCCGGCAUGGCGGAACACUUGGCGGCUUCUUGUGACUUGCGAACACAAACACGUGGCAGGUUUUGUCGGAUAAUUUGCAGAAAUUCACUUCGAAAUUCGUUCAAGUAAAAUUCGGACUGAAAUUCGAUGUAACUUGCGACUGAUUGACAAGUGUUGCUGUGUUUACUUACAUGUUAAUACAUUUUUUAGUAUAUUACUGCAUAUGAAAGCCAUUUCUAUUUUCUAGACACGCACCUCACAAAGAAGCUUUAUUGACUAUAUACUAAAACAAAUUGUUUUGAGUUCAGUUCACAUUAACAAGAGCAACAGUUUAUAUUAAUAACUACAGUUUAAUAACUAUUAAGACUAUUAACAUCAUUCGGAACAACAGUUUAAUAACUAUUAUUUUUAACACUUGAAUAAUGCAAACUUAUAUAUGGCGAACGAAAACUGCAAACUAUAUAAAUAAAGCGUGUCAAUUUUCGACUCAUUCUAAACAUGCAGGAUACGCUGUUACAGCGAGUUAGUUUUUGGUGGCCAUGCAUGCAAAAGUGGGCCGCUUAUUUUGCUUACAAGUUACGUGGACGUAUAAUUAUUGCUGUUACAUAAACGUUCCGGUGUUCAAGAGCUGCAUAUAUAUAGUCGAUAAAAAUUGCGUGCUCAUUAUAAUCGCCGAUCACAUGGCUUUAUCACAGUCUCAAACCUUCAGACAAAGAUAUCCACAUUCCUCUCCCCCCCUUCGGACAUCCUAAGACAUUUUUCCUCUCCCCCCCUUUGGACAUCCUAAGACAUUUUUCCUCCCUCCCCCUUCGGACAGCAAAAAUUUCCUCCGUGGGGGGGUAUGGAUCUUUUCUGGAACGACCCAAUAAUGUAGUUUCAAGCAAUGUUACUUUUGCAAUAUCCAUAAUUUUUCUCCUUUUUAAUUACAGCUCAACCAAUACCUCCUCUCCAAUACACCCGAGACCCAGCCUCUUGCUACUCCAUGCAACGACCAUAUGGUUUUGCACUCAUCAUUAACAUCCGAAUAUUUGAAGGCACAACGGAAGACGGGUAUGUUUUAAAUGAACGAAGAGGCUCGGAGGUUGACUUAGAAAAUUUAAACGGUUUGUGGGAAGAUCUUGGCUUCAUCGUGGAAAAAUACGAAAAUUUGAAAGCUCAUCGAAUUUGCACAGUUGUAACUGACAUGGUGAUGAAAAUAAAUAAAAACCAAGGUUCAAGCUGCUUUGUUUGCUGUAUCAUGACCCACGGCGCGAUGGGCAAGAUUUAUGGCUCUGAUAGCAACUUUGUUAAUAUUAAACAUGUCACAGAUGCGUUUAAAGAAGCCAACUGUCCAGCAUUAGCAGGAAAGCCAAAGCUGUUUUUCAUUCAGGCAUGUAGAGGGAGACAAAAGCUUACUGGCCGAACCCUUCCAGGAAGUACAGGCUCCUCUAACACAGCAACACCAGCAACAGGAGUAGCUCCCACAACCACACACUCAACAAAUGCUGCGAUGCAACAACAAACACAGCAAACGCAAGGAUUAGAUGCAGAUGCCGUCCCUGCAGAGCCAACAGCAACAACAGAUGAAGACGACAAUGUUAAUGAUACAGCAUUUCGUCACACUGCGGAUCCAAACGAAGCUCAUUUUCUGCUGGGAUAUUCAACUGCACCAGGUAAUUAGAACUCUGCAGUAAUAAAACUAAACUAACUUUAUUUAUACUGGAUAAGUUGUUGUCCAUAAGAGCUGAUAGAGUAUAGUAAGAGCAAUCCCUUGUUGAAAACUGUAGGAGGAUUAGCACCGAAACAGUUCGGGAAAAAAGAAUUUUCUUCCUGGGAGCACAACCUGGAGACAAAAAUUUCCUGCAGACCAACAGGGUAUUUUUGUUCAAAAUGUAAACAUAUAGUGUUCUAGCUGACCAUGGUCAGUUAAAUUCAAGGAAUAAUGUCUGUCAAUCAUAUGUUGUUGCGCCCAUAGUGGGACAUUAGUGUUAAGGUUUCCUUCAAAUUUUCGAUAGCAAAUCUUCAUUCAAGCAAAUUUCCUGCAGCUGUUUAACAUUUCCUGCGAGCAGUGCUCGUGUAUUUUUUCCAUCCCUGGGAGGAAACCAGUUUCAUAUUAUUCUGACACUGCAAUAGACCAACGAAAAAUUUGUUGUCUCGAGCAGGAUUUGAACUCGCAUCUUCGGGUAUCUAGCCCGCCGCUCUACCCAUUGAGCUAUUGAGACAACAGGGAUUGGUAGCAAAUCUUAUUUAAUUUAAGUCCACGAAAUAUUUUCGUGACGACUUAAUGCUUGUCUUAGAGGAUGCGUAGUGUUUCAAUUCUAUUUCAGAACCAUCCUCAGAGAUCUCUCUGAGAAUGGUUCUGAAAUAGAAUUCAAUCCUGAUACAGUUUGUUCUAAUGGCAUUCUUGCUUUUAUUUUUUAGGAUAUGUGAGUAUGCGCAGCAUUGAUCAUGGCACAUGGUAUGUUAAUGCAUUGGUGAAAAUAUUUGGAAAAUACCACACAACAGAAGAUGUCAUGCAAAUGAUGGUUCGUGUGAAUGGCAAGGUAACCGAGGCCUUUUCUGCUCAAGGUUAUAAACAGUGUCCUGUGCCUGUUUUUACCUUAGCCAAAAGUAUUUACUUUUAAUCAAAUGCCUAGAACAAUUCAGUGAGCAGAUGGUGUUCAAGGUCAGAAAUGUUGACACUUGCAUGAUAACUCGUAAUUGUAUUAAUUUGUCAUCAAAUACAACUUAUACGAGGCUACUAGGUAUAAUGAAAUGAAUUUUAAAACAUUGUUUGCUCAUUGUGGUAACUGCAGGUUAAUCACUAUCGUCUGCACAAUAGUGGUUAACCACAGUAAGAACCAACCAGUUCAAAUAAAUAUGUUGGUUUGAAUCAUUUUAAACUUUCAUUAUUUUUAAUAUAAGGAUGAUGAAUGACAAUUUUGAUAUAUGCUGUAGGCAAAUUAGAUUCAAUUGUAGCUUGUAUCUAGGCAAUUUUUGUCUUUUAUAAUACACGCGAAAAAACGAAUUUGUAUUACAUGUCUUUGCCACCAGCCACAAAGUCAAUAUGUACAUUUAUUAUAUGGCAAGUGUCAAACCUCAAUUUUCCUGUUCGCUGAUUGGACAAAACCGUAUCACGUGCCAGUCCAAAAAACGUCAUGUUUACUGCAUGCUUUGAUGAGGAGGCACCUGGUCAACAAUGAAACAAUUAUUGAGCGGUCAUAAUAAAACCGGAAAUGAGGCGCGAGUUGUUCGCGUCAACCAGGAAGUUCAAAGCAAACUUCUUUCAAGAGUUUCAGCAUGUCCGCCGGUCGGUUUUAUUACAGUUUUGGAAUACCAGGUGGAUUAUGGGGGACUUUGACACUUGCUAUAAUAAAAUACUUAUUUGCUGAGACCUCUGUGACAACAGCAGUCUCGGGACCACAAAACACACUGUUUCUGAGUAUAAUUCUUUCAAGAGUUUCAGCAUGUCUUCCAGACGGUUUUAUUACAGUUUUGGAAUACCAGGUGAAUUAUUGAGACUUUGACACUUGCUAAAAUAAAACACUUAUUUACUGAGACCUCGGUAACAACGGCAGUCUCGGGGCCACAAAACACACUGUUUCUGAGUAUUCUUUCAAGAGUUCAGCAUGUCUUCCAGACGGUUUUAUUACAGUUUUGGAAUACCAGGUGAAUUAUUGAGACUUUGACACUUGCUAAAAUAAAACACUUAUUUGCUGAGACCUCGGUAACAACGGCAGUCUCGGAGCCACAAAACACACUGUUUCUCUCGGUCUUAGUAAAUAAGUGAUAAAUAGUGGACAGUUCAAUUUCUCUGAUGGCCAGCAUCAUAUGGUGCACUCCCGUGUGGGAAAACCCGCCAUCGCUCAAACAGCAGACCAUGCGAUACGAGGUUGUUCAUUAAACGUCAUCCCGGCCGCAGGCUCGGUUUCUGAAUCACGUCUAAAUACGUUGCUACAGUUUGGCUUGCCUGACGCCCUUAUCAUGGGGAAAUUCCCGACGUCUGAACUCAUAACAUCCACUUUAUGUUUUCUCUCCAACUGUGAGGGCAAUCUGUACGCUGUAGACGCGUCGUAUUUCAUGAAAAUCAGCUUGCAUCCGCGUCGGAAAUCUGCGCUGAAAAUACUAUAGAUCAGUGGACUCGCUGCACUGGAUGCAUACGCGAGAUAGGUUAUACUCAAUAAUAAUGUUCGAUUGUUAUCCGUUGAAUUGGAUAUAAUCAAUUGAUAUGCGAUGUAAGGGAACCACAGCGCAGUAUACACUAUCACUUGGGCAACAAGUAGUUUUGUCACUUUGAUUUUCGUUCGUGGAACUUUUUGAACAAACCUUGACCGAUUUUGAUUAUUAUUCCUCGUUCGAAUACAACGACAUACUAAAAAAUAAGUUGCAUAAGUCGUAAAAUGUGGCAGCAAAAAUAGUAUGCUAAAACAACAAAAAUACGCCGUCCAUUUUUCUGAGAAUUUUGGUUGACAGUUCGAAGAACGUUCUUCGUAGAAAAACACCAUUGGACAGGCGAUUGAUAUGGCCAGACUCCAGACUGCUAGAAUAAUUUUUUUUGUUUGUGUUUUCGAUAGCUUAAAUGUUAACGGAUAGGCUGUCAGGUAAUAUCGAUCAACAGACAUACAGCAGAGAAUCCCGACCGAGGUUAAUGCAUUAAAAUGCACAAAAAAUGCGUUUAUUUUGCACCCAACGUUUCCAAGCAGCCAUUGGUUACGAAACGCUGAAUCUAAGGUAAAAAAUAGAUACAUCGUUGGUGCUAGGAGAUUGGCGAUUGCCAGACUGAUGACGAAAUGAUUUGUUGUCCAUUGAUUUCGUCUGGUACGAUAUACAACCAUUAUGACCAAAAUAUUCCCAAUAAACGUUACAACAAAAACUACGAUGAGAUAGACAGCCCUCCAUGGCGUAUCCGCGUUGCUUGACAUCAAUAACGUUGUCUUGAACUCACCACAUCCGUUCUUUUUGAACUCGCUAAUCGUUCUCUUUGAAAAAACAACUAUCAAUAAUAAAUGGCUUGGAAUAAUUCAGCAGCCGAGGAGAUUAAUUAUUCUUUUGGAGAAUACGAGGCGACAAUUAUAUCUUCGUAUCUAAGAGAUGGAGAGUUGAGAAGUAUUUUUGGUCCAAAAUAUCGAGUCACAUUGUGGAGUCAGACUAUAUACAGCAACUGUUCGGUGGAAAUUUCUCGACUGCCACAACUAAACAAAUGUUUAUUUUUCAUCCCACGUUCGACGCUGCAUGAUCAUAUCUUAAUAUCCAAAUUUGCUCCUGCGAUGUAUUAAUAUAAAUGACCACUUUCCAUUAUGAAUUUAUGGCUUUAUUAUACUUAGUAAUGAAUAAUAACAGUGAUAUUUAACCUCGGAGAUGCCCUAUUUCAUGAUGCCGAGUUUCUCUCGAAUUGGAACUGUAGAGUGUAGGCGAAAAAUUCAUGUCCAAAUAUUAUUGUAAAUGCCGAAGUAAUUUAAAAUUUAAAUUCGUGAAUGUUUGCGUAAGGGACAAUGCUGUUUCAAAGAAAAUUACGCUUUAAAUGAAUGAGUAUCCAAAUUUUUAGCCUAAUCCAUAAAAGCUGGUGAUUGCUGUAAUAGCGAGCGAGAAAUGAUACAAAUAUUUUUCUGAGUUCUUUCGUAAAAUUUUAAUUGUUACAUUAAUGAGAAUCCGAC